AGAGAAUAUACUCAUCAGGUACCGGUAUUUCUGAUCCUCAGACAUAAACGUCGUUACCUCGCCAACCCCCAAACUUCUCAGCCGCCAACUUCCCCCGUAAUGGUAGUAUUGAUUGUUUUAUCAUCUGAAGACUCGAAAGAAAUUCAAAAAGCGGACACUUUGUACGUAGAAGAAGAGGACUAUUCCACCGCGUAAUGUGCUGUUCUGUCGGAUACUUGCGGCAGAGCCAUAUUCAGAGCUUAUGUUGAGACAAUUCGUAGCUUGAUCCCAGAGUCAAAUGUACCUAGUGUUCACCUAAUAGCACAUCCAUCAGUCUUGUCAAGGUACCAAGUAAAGAAGCCUUCGGGCGAGAGGGAGGCGCGUGCCGCUGCGAGCAUUGAGGGUGCCGGGUAACCACUGGAUUACAUGUACUUGGCGCGUCCACUGGUCGCCAGGGAUAUAACGCAAGCAACAGAACCGCCUGGCAUGCAUGUUGCAUGAGGUAUUCGAUCACAAUGUGGUCAUGACUUGGCGGCCACAGGCAUCUGUGGAGUUGUUCAUGCCAGCCUGGAAAAUGUGUAGAGCGGCGCUCAGCAGCUAUACCCUGCAAGUAUGCUUUGUGCUUGCUGGGUCUAACUGAGUAUGAUCUAUGUUGUGCUGGCUGACCGAUCUGAACCCCAAUGUUCCUGGUGCGUGCUGCACUCCCGGGCCAACAAGAGAGCUGCGAUGGCCAAUGUGUGUUUGCAUACGGUAGGCCCAGCUCAACUCUUAAUGCAAUGCUCAGAGCAACAAUCACGAACCUCCUCUUGCCUCUCCAUGCCAUUCCCGGCCAAGCAACACGGAAUCCCUGCUAAAUGGAGACUCGAGGAGUCCUCCUGUCUCCGCGAGCUUGCUACAUUGAUUAUGCUCGAGGAUGUGGUUGCUGAGUCUAAUGGCUGGAGGAAUAGGGUAUCGAGCUAGUCGGCGCUGCCAGCUGUUAGGUGAGGCCAUGGCCGUUAAAGCACUUACGCUUCUUGUCGAUGAUCAGGCUGCGGGUCAAGUGCCGCCUGAGCGAACAGAAGCUCGUUAUGGCGCAGUUCGGAGGCAGCGCCGUAGUUAAGCUCGCACAUAGCGAGCCGGUGUAGUAGUGGGCCUUGCUCUGUAGCGAUGGCUGUUGUCGGUGAUGGUCUUUCUGAAGGCUUUGGAGCCAGCUAAUAAAUGAGCCCCCCUCACGAACAGUCUUCUCCCGAUCGAGUGAACGCUGUAUACACCCGCCUGCCUCACACCGACCAAUGGCAACUAGGGACCUUCUGCUUUCAGGGUGGUGGCCGAGUCCUCGAUCGUGCGGAGGAGCGGACGGGCAGUGUGACGGGCACAAGGCUGCUCGAGGCGGGUUUGCAAACACUCUAGGAGUUGGCGCUGAGUGAUGGCUCUCGCUGUCUGCUGCUGAGUGCAUACCGUGGCCUCGCUCGGGUGUUGUUCCCUCCUCGAGUCGGGCCCAGUGACCAUUGGUACUCGAUGGCUCCGGCGGCCGCAGAGCUGUCGUUGCUUUGCUAGAUCCCCAGUGUCGUGAAGUACAGCCGCAGUGCUGAUCCGCGUCGUCCAGCACGUCGACAAGAGUCCUGACAGGACGCGCAGACCAGGCUCUAGGGCGACCUCUAGCGCGUCUUCCAGGCAGGGGCGUGCCGGACAAGCUUCACUUGAAGCGGGAGGCGCGAGUCUCCAAUGCCAUUCAUCGCCCCUAGUCUCUUCACCACGAGAUCGAUCAACGUCGCGCUGGAGUAGCUUUGCUGGAUGGUUCUCGUGCUGUGCAAUGUGUCCCUCGCCCCCUGAAGCUGCGCAGUUUUCCACGCAUACUGUGAUAAUGCUGGAGUGAUCGCGCGCUCCGUUGUUUAGACGUGUCUUGGCACGUGCACCACGUAGAGCUGUGAAGCACCCAGCUUGAAUUCGACAGUAGUCACCUCACAGUCCUCCCUCGCACAACCGAUAUCUCGCACUCCUCUGACCACCAACUGUCUCGCACUGACAGCAACCUCAACCCCUUGACAGCAACCUCCGCCACUUGACAACCUUCGACAAGACCAUUGUCCUGCACCAGCAUCCCCCUUUGUACUUGCCCACUCGCUCGACAGCGACUUCAAAGCAGCCGCCGGCGCUCUUCGUUCUACUUCAACUUCUUCGCGUGGCAUUGUCGUACCGACAACAUCACCUCGAGGAGGUACUGACGAGCCACCGACGGCCCCUUCAUAACCACCUAAUCACCAACUGCUGCUGUCCAACAGCGGUACCGCCGCAUAGGUCGAUCCGUCUUCCAGCGCGGGACUCUUGCUGCACGGCUUUUGCCUGCUCCAAUUGUGUUCGUGCAAAGCUCGACAACCAUACUCAAUACCAAGACGCAUGGCCCAGCCCGUCCUUCACUUGGAAGCACACAUUGGACAGGCAGCGCGCAUUGUCAACGAUACCGCUGUCCAUCAAACCUGCGACAGCGCGGCCCCCUUCAGCAAAACUGACCACGACAACACCAUCGACUUCAAUUCUGCCAUUGACACUGCCACGCAUCUCUCAUCUAGUACCCCUUGCCUACGCAUCAGCAGCGCAGCAACACAAACCAUCAGCAUGGCGCCGACAGCCAUGUUCAUCCCUGAGCGCACCGCCCACACCGCCCACACCAACCUGACCGACCAGGAAGUCAUUGACUAUGGCGCGCUCACCAACAAAGUCUUCCUCACGGUGUUCCUCCUCACGUUCUCCUUCCGCUACAUUCGCACCGUCGUCGCCAUCGGCACCUGGGUGUUCUGGAAGCGCGUCAAGCUUGCCUCAAGUCCAUGGGCUUGCAGCGGUCAGGAUGCUAGCAUCAUCAUCCCGACCACCUUGAAAAAACCAUCGGAGCUUGCGGACUGCAUUCAACGCAUGCUCGACUGCAACCCAUCGGAGAUCUUUGUCGUCACCUCGAACGAUACGGCGCCGCUUGCGCGCAACAUGUGCUAUGAGAACGGCUUCCACGACAGCAAGGUGCAUGUCAUCGGCGUCGGAGAACUCAACAAGCGGCACCAGAUUCUUCGUGCUCUGCCCUGCAUCAAGAGUAGAUUCACGAUCCUCGCUGACGACGACGUUUUCUGGCCAAACUCAAUGUAUCUUCAGUACUUGCUCGCCGUCUUCGACGACCCCUGUGUCGGCGCUGGUGGUACUCGCCAGCGUGUCGUCCGCAACAACCGUCCUGGUAUCGUGAACAUGCUCGGCAUCAACUACCUAGAGCGCCGCGUCUGGAACAACUGUGCGAGCAACGCCAUCGAUGGCUCCAUUUCCACCCUUUCCGGUCGGACCGCCGCAUACCGGACCGACAUCUUGAAAGACCCCGAAUUCUACGAGUAUUUCGUCAAUGAUGAAUGGCGCGGCAAGCCGCUCAACUCCGACGAUGACAAGUGUUUGACUCGCUACGUCUACAAGAAGAAUUGGAAGAUCAAGAUUCAGUCAGACAGCCGUGCCAUCCUCGAGACCACGGUUGAGCCAGACAUGAAGGGAUACAAUGCCCAGUGCCUUCGUUGGGCAAGAGCCCACUGGCGUGGUAACUUCACCGUAAUGGAGAAUGAGACGUACUGGUACUCCCUCAAGAUGUGGUGGGGACUGUAUGUCAUCUACAUCAGCCAAUUCCAGACCCCAGCCGUACUCUGCGAGUCAAUCCUGGCCAUGCUCCUUUACGCCGCUGUUGGUGGUCCGUCGGUCUCCCAGAAUUUCUGGAUCGCGCUCGGCUGCUGGAUCUUCAUGGCAAAGAACCUGAAGAUGAUUCCGCACUACUGCCGUCACCCACAGGACAUGAUUUUCAUCCCGGUAUUGAUGAUCUUCUCCUACUAUCACGGAAUGCUCAACAUCUAUGCUGCUUGCACCAUGACCAAUACCCAUUGGGGAAACAAGUCGCUGGCCAUAGAUGAUCACCCAAAGCCAGAUGCAGAGCGCCGACGCACCAUCAAGUUGGUCAUAUCAGUAAGAUCCUCAGCUCAAACCCGUUUCCUCUCAUUGCUAAUCGAUUCCCAGCAGGCUGCAAGCUUUCUUGACGGUCCUAUCGGAACCGUGACCCGUGCAGAGCUUGAGGCUGACACUGGUAUGAGCUGCCUCGUCCAUGAUUGUUUCGAGAGGGGCUGUGUUCGAUGGGCCGAAUCUGACGCAUCUGCCUCGUCCGAAGGCUCCAGCGACCCUCCUUCAGCAUCCGGCGAGUCGUCUCUCGACUCGUCUUCGCCCACUUCUUCUGACCUCGCUACAGAGCGCACACCGCUGCUAGCCCCCCCACCAACCCCAGCUGAGGUCAGUGCCAUCUUGCCAGGUCCCAGCAGCACCACGCGCGGAAUCUCGCCAGCUGCAGUGGCUGCUUUUCGUCGUGCCCACAUGCGCCGACUUUCCGGUCGUCUCCGUGCCGGCGGUCACCCAGCGGUUGUCGAGAAUGCUCCGCGUCUUGGUCGUCGCCGUGAUCGAUAUCCGCACGGCUUCGAGUUCAAUUUGGCAGCUGUCGAAACGAGAGGCAAUUUGGACCCUGUCCUUGCCACCGAACGCAACCAAGAUGGGGCAGUCGUGCUGGCAGGUGAUCCUUACAUCUACGAUGGCGUCAACACCACUGUAGAUGGUAAUAUCGGCGCCGCCACCCCGGCAGAGAUCCGCCGGGCAUUUGCAAGCCCAUUCGGUUUUCCGGGAUUUGGAGGACAUCGAACCUACACUGCCGUGCGGGAGUCGUUUGAUGUUAUACCUCCCGGUUCCGGUGGCCAGCGGGUUCGUCGUCGAUCCUCCACCGAAACCAUCGAUACGUCGGUCACUGUCGACCACGAGGAGACUCUCCGCAUGCCCACUCGCCGUUCUGCCGGCCUGCCUUUUGGCCAUCAAUCGUCGCCCGCCACGGUCGAUACUUGUUCCACUGUCGACUAUGAGGAGGCCGAGGGUGGCGCGUCUACUCCCGACACAGAUUGAGCGACUUCUUCUUCUCUCCGUACACGAGCUGUGCAGCAAUCCGGUUGCUUCUUCGAGCGACUGGAGUCGGGUCCGCUUGCAUUGCACUGAGCGAUUCGAGCAUGGUGUUCUGGCGCGACUUGUGCUUUCACUGCGCAACUACGAACAUGGUCCGGCGUGACCUGCGCUUUCACUGGGCGACUGCGAGCAUGGAGGUCCGGCGUGGCCACUGAAUAUUCCCCUGUACUACUAUUCGAGCAUGAUUGAUCGUGGCUUAUGGCGUUUGUCACUGAAACACAGAACAGAAAACAGAAAAAAGGAGACAGAAGAUUAGAGAACAGAACACACGAAGAGACAGGACUUACAACGCUCGUGCACCAGGCUUAUGCAGAAGCCGUGCAGUCACACACUCGUUUGCACAGAAGGCGCCUCAUGGAUGAGGUGAGUACACAUGAAUAUGGCCUCGAGGAAGAGGCAGAUUGCUCAAUGCGUUACGGCCGCAAGGUCCGCAGGUUGGCGCCCGGGGCCUGGUGUCCUCGGGCAAGAUGUAACAUAGCAGCACAAUGAAAAAAGAGGAUUUAAACCCCUCAAUAUGUAUCUCCGUUCCCCGUUGCUCUCCCAAGUGAAGUGUUUGUAGGGCGAGGAAGAGGCAGAGAAGAGGCA